GUGUCUACCGCAUAGUGCGGUUGAAUCGCAGCGCAUACAAUGGCUGCCCGAAAGAGGAGAGAGCAAACAAUUUUCAGGCCCGCCGCGUCUGACAGAAAAUAUGAGAAAAAAAUUAUAAAAAAUUCGGAAAAUAGUUGAAAGUCAAGAAAAAGUCCACAGAAAGGAUGUGGAAGCUCCCGGGGCCCCUGAGUCCAGGCUGGGAUGACAACCUAAAGCUGGAAGUUAGAGUUACAUCAGCACUAGUCAAGCACCCUGCACUUGUCCAUGUAGCUGGUUUGCUUUAGGGUGCCAUGGCCACAGGAAGAGAGAGCCGUCAUGACCAUGUCUUGGAGAAAGCCAAGCUUUCACCUACUUCUGGGAAACGCAGGAGAACAGAAGGGAAACCCAAGAAGAAUUUUCCUUGUCAGGAGUGUCAGAAGGCAUUCAACAGCCUGGAGAAGUUGAAGGUGCACUCAUACUCGCAUACAGGGGAAAGGCCGUAUUGCUGCUCCCAUCCUGACUGCACAAAGGCUUUCGUCUCCAAAUACAAGCUGCUAAGGCAUAUGACAACUCACUCACCAGAAAAAAGCCACAAGUGCUCAUACUGUGAAAAAAUGUUUCACCGCAAGGAUCACUUAAAAAAUCACCUACACACUCAUGACCCACACAAGGAGGCCUUUACCUGUCAGGAGUGUGGGAAGAGCUACAACACCAAGCUGGGCUUUAAGCGUCACCUGGCUCUCCACGCUGCAAACAACGGAGAUUUGACCUGCCAAGUGUGCCUGCAGCUGUUCCCCAGUACCGUGGUUCUCCUGGAACACCUCAAAACACAUGCUGGCAAGACGUCUGGAGGGACCAAAGAGAAAAAGCAUUGUUGUGAGCAUUGUGAGCGUCAGUUUUACACCCGCAAAGAUGUGCGACGCCACAUGGUGGUGCACACUGGACGCAAGGACUUCCUCUGCCAGUACUGUGCUCAGCGCUUUGGUAGGAAGGAUCAUCUGACACGUCACAUGAAAAAGAGCCAUACUAGGGAGCUGCUGAAGGUAAAAACUGAACCAGCUGAUUUGCUGGAGACCGAUGUUUAUGAUUUGGCUUCUGGAAGCAUUAAGGAUGAGCUUCCCGCAACACUGACAACAAGGUCACAUCAAGUUCAUCUGUUCCCAGGCUCCGGCCUGGACACGCAGCCCUUCUCUUCCGCCAAUAACCCCUUUUCUUUAAAGUACCCACUGAGCUCCAACUUUACCUCAUACACCAUCACCUCACAUGAGAGGGAGCAGAAUCUAAAGGGAGAACUGGAGACCUACCUAAUGGAGCUGCAGAACACCAUGCCAUCCUCAUCCUCUGUAUCCCUAGAACCUCAAAUCGCCUCCUCUAAACUCGAGCUGUUACCUCACGUGGGUAUGCUGGGGGAAACGAGCGAGGAGGCUUCCCUCUUAAAAAUGUCCACACCAGCAGCAGGACCUGCAGCGGAUUCUGUGGCCUCAUCUUCCUCUCUUAUGGAUUUUUCCCAGCUGUUCAACUUCCUUCCACACAAUGGGCCUGCAUACAACCAGGUAGGAAGCAGUGGGGGGAGCAUGGGACCGGCCAUCAGCUUUCCACCCACCGAAGAGCCUGGUCCUCUUCUCCAGCUGCCCCCCCAGACUCCUCCAGGUCAAGAAGCUGCAGAGAGCCCUCUCCAAGGACUCCCUUCCUCCUUCAUAUGCAGCCUGAGCACACCCACCACACUACCCCGUUUCCACCAAGCUUUUCAGUGAUGCAGCCUGUGCUGCCAAACGCAGAGUCUCCGCAGCCCUUAACAGGCAAACUAGUCAGUUCUUUGUACAAAGGUGAGGAGACACUAACAGAUGGGCCAACACAUACAAGCACGCACACACAGACACACAGCUUCACUAUCAGGCUUACUUAACUUUGGCAGAUCUUCACCGAUAUUUCAGAAAAAUCCUCCUGUUGUUGUUUUUUUUUUUAAAGAAAUAUUCUUAUAAAGUCUUUUUUUCAUUCAUAUCAUUUACACAUUUUAAGCUACUCUGAAUACAGAAAUUACUGAAGCCCCCAUAUUGAAUAGAAAACGAAAAGUAGAAAGUGGCCCUCAGCCAUAUGCUGAAACUAAUUAUACUGUAGCUCCUUUUUAAAAUCCACAUAAAAAAGAAAACAGCUGAUAUAUGCUUGUAUUUCUAGUAGUGUGAACAGUUCAUUGGUAACUGUAAUAUCAUUGAAGAGAUUUUGUCUAUUAAGAUGUUCCCUGACCACAGUGGUUCAGAUAGGUAUCCCUCCGUUGAAGCUUUUAAUUGUCUGACUGUACUGUCAAAGGCUACUUUAGCUGUCUAUGUUGCCAUAUUUUUUUAAAGCACCAGUCUGUAGUUUUGUCAAUUGUUUUGUUGCGUUUUCUAAAUUUUAUGAAUAUUUUUAUUAAUGACUCACAACAACAAUUGUAUUCAGUGGCUGAUUCAUUUUCAGAAAGUAGGAUAUAGUGAUUGUUAACUUAGGUAAAAUCAUUGACAGUGGAAUUGAAUUAUUUAAAUUGAUCUUGCAAAGUUUCUGUUGCAAACACCCAAACAAUUUCAAAUCUAAAUUAGACAUUGAGAAACAGAACUACGACUGUACAAUACUAGGAAAAUACAAGAUUGUGAUUCUUUUGCUUAUAAUUGUGAUAAUAUUGAUUAUGUUAAGUAACAUUUUCUUUUUUUCAUCACUUCAUAACGCCCACCAUCCUCUGUGAGUUUCAGCAUCUGCUACUAAAAUCAUAGAUCAUGUGCAAAGCCUAAGGACAGAGCCUAUCCAGCAAUUCAAACAUCCAUAUGCAGAGGAUUCAUUUAAGAAGUGUCUUCUACCAAAUAUAAGAUAAGAUGCUUUUAUUUUAUCCUUAUACAUACAAGGUUCAUACAACAAAUUUUUGUAGAUGAGAUGGACGGUCAGCCAGAGCCGCUGCGACCAAGCACGCCGCCACUAAUGGCCGACCUGACCAGCAUGUCUUUAGUGGUAGGGGAAACCAGAGCGCACGGAGGAAACCUACGCAGACACAGGGAGAACAUGCAAACUCCACACAGAAAGCUGAGCCCAAUACUCGAACCCGGCACCUUCUUGCUGUGAGGACGAGUGCUAACCACUGUUCCGCCGUCAAAGUAGUCUGUCUGGAUUAUUGCAUACACUUAUGUGACGAGCAUUGCUAUAACAUGUAUGGUGUAGCUCUAUAAAAAAGGUUGUAGAGCCUUAAGAUAAAAUGUUGCUGUAAGUUGGGACCAUUUCCUAUUUAUUUUUGAUGAGGCUUCAGUUCUAUAAAUUAAGCCUCUUCUAAGAGUUGCUUUUAGUGGAAAGAAGCAUUAAAAUAUAACUAUAGCUGAGAUGUUUAUCAUGAGAUGUUCAUCAUAUACUCCUCUGCUUCUAAGGUUUUUACCUAUACCGCAUAUUCAUUCACUGAUCACAUAACACUACCCUGUCAUCAACCCAAUGCCAAAAAGGUCCCAUUAGCAACACAGAUAUGAUAACAUUGUGGCUUCCCACCUGAUUUUAAAGCAACUGACUGGAUGGCCCCUAAAGCAGUGAGUCCAUAUUUCCUGCCAAAUGUUUUAGUUCUCUAGAGAUUUAGAGAGUUAGCCAUGCCUAAAACCAACCAAAUAUAUAUAUACUUUUAACUUUUAAAGCAUGCUUAUCUUUUAGUCUGAUAAUACAGAAUAAAACAUAAUUUUAAGCACUGACAUUUAACCCAAAUGAAAAAUAUUUGCACCAUAAUCUAUAGAUUCAGCUGAAACAAUAAAUCUUUCAAGUGUCAGCUUUCCACAACCUUCAACUUCUUUAAUAGUAUUCAGUGAAUGAGUAUAGAAAAUAAAUUAGCCUAUGAGAGGAUAGUCUAAUGUCCCAGUUCUUCUUCUGCUACUAUAAAAUGUGCCUUUAGAUAAAAGUUAGAAGGAGCCCAACAGUCAGCCAUCUCCGGUAGUUAAUAUUGUUACAUUUUUAAUGGUCAAGGCUUGUGAUCAGAUUGUAAAUUUACCCUGCAAUAUUCACAACAGGAACAUUAGAGCUCUGGUAGGGAUCCAUCUGUUCUCACAGACAAACCCACUGAUUGUGUAGGCUUUGUUCAUUCCUCAGCCACAAUAGUGUUCCGACUGGAUCAAAAAGUUGCUGUUAAGCUUCCAGAAUUACUUUUGGUGUGUGGUUCUUUCAAGUCCUGCAAAUCAGCUCCCUUUAUGCUGACCUGAUCUGGUUCCAAAAGUCCCAGAAGCAUGGUUCCAUAAAGGAAUGGAGGGAUAGGUUUCACCUAACGAAGGAAGGUGUGAACAGAGAUGUGUUGCUGUCCUUUCUUAUCCAAUGAGCUUUGAAAACAUGGCAGUGGGAGAAACAGAACCUAAGAUUAACAGUACACCAGUCAGUGUACUUGGACUCAUGCAUCUUUUAAAAGUUCUACUAAAAUGACAACAACAAACACAUAAUGAACCUAAAGUGCCUUUGAGUUUGAAAAGACAACCUUUCUACUUCCUGUAUAUUUUAUUUAAUGAAGCCUGUUUUGAUGAUGAUCCUUUUAGGCACAUCCACAAGUAUUGCUUUUUUAUUUUCAGGUCAUUUCAGUUUUUCUAAAUCUAUAUAAUGAAACAAUGGCAACCAUAUUUUCUUAUUAGACUGACAGAUUGUAAAUUACAUGUAGCACUGAUGUUUUACCUUGACAGAUCUCAUUCCCUCUUCUGUGUUGUGCAUUUCCUCCUCUGGUAUUUGAAAACAGUCCUUGCAUCCAGUUUUGCUGCUCAUGUGGCAUUGUUCUGCUUGGGUUCCUCUGAGCUGGGACUGCCGCAUUCUAGGCCAUGCUUUGAUUCUGUCCAUCUUCUCAAACAUAGUCCUCAGUCCUCUGGAGUUAAGAAAAUGGAUGUGGAGAAUGUCUUCAGAGAUGAAAGAUUCUUUUGGAAAACUAAACAAAACAUGAAAGAUUUCAUUGUUCAUGAGUCUUUGUAAUAAGUCAAAGUAAGUCCCAAAAUGCCGAGUUUAAACAUCAGUCAGUUCCUUUUCUGUUGCCGUUACUUCAAGGGAUGAGGAAUAACAUCAGGUAUGUGGAACCCACAGUGCCAGUUCCCUCCUGAAUUAAAGCUAAUAUUUGCAUUUAAUCAACUCUUGCUUUUCAUAUGAAACUUCCAGUGCCACAGAUUUGGGAGUAAAUGGUGGCACCCGUUGUUCAUCUAUUUGAAGAUGGGAGUUUACAUUUUUUUUGCAUAUACAUAUCCCAUUGCGGAUCAGUAAGGAGAGUAGUUGUUGGAAAGUAGCAGGUAAGAAUUCAGCUCCUUCCUUCCACAUGUUGAUGUGCCCCUGGGUAAGGCACUUAACCCCAAUUCCCUGUUGAUCUGUGUGUGUAUGAAAGUGUUAAUGUCUGUGAGAGCAGCUAUGAGUGGUUAGAAAAUCUCUGUAUGAGUUCAAUCCUUUUAUAUUGUCAUCAAGUUCAUCUUAUGACCAAGUCUCCUUUUUAAGGGUCCUGAUCUUGGUCCUGGUUUCACAUUCUGACUCUUUCUAACUGCUCUGCUUUGCCGCGUGGUUUUGUGAUUAGAAAACGUCUGUGUGAUGUCGACAGACAUAUUCAGAUGUGUUGCAUGUAUAGCUGCCAAGAGAUGCUGCUUUGACUGUCAGGUUACAGAUCAAGAACUCUCUAAACUACAUGAGGAAUCAGCUAAAAAAAAAAAAAGCUCAAGACAAGCAGGUAAAUGAUUUGUAUGGAAGUGAUGAAAGAUAGUUAUGUGUUGAUGUAUGAAUGAUUUUGUUCUGACCACCAGUCUGAGAUAGCUUAGGUUUUCUGUUGGAAAUGGAACCAUCUGAGCAGACAAGGAUCACAUGCAGGGCUUAGUUUUUUUCUGUUGUAAAAAUAUUCUUAAACUCAUUUAUGAUAUAAAGACAAUAGGCCCUUUUCCAUUGCACUUUCCCCAGGCCUUACAUUCAUGAGUAAAAGGUGCUGGUCUGAGGGUAGGACUUUUCAACAAGCCUGGGGCUUUGUUCAGUGGGGGGGGGGGCUGAACAGUCCGUCUCUUGGACGAGUAAAUGGGCCGUAAGGAGAUGAGUUUACAAAUCUAUUUAUACCCUUUAGUUUAUCACAAAAAGUUGUUUUAAAUGUUUUAGGUAAGAAAAUACAUCUCCAAACUUUAUCUGUACAGCCAGUUCAUCAAGGUUAUGAGCCCACUUUAAUUCUGUAUUUGGAGUUGUCGGGAGCGCCAGACCUUUGCUAACAGGCUUGUCUCUCUAGGGGCGCCUGCAGUGAGUAACCCUGAUGGUGCAGCGUUAAUCGGUCAGACUGUCUGGGAUUUCCCGCAGACUGGAUCUGUUCAUCAUGACUGAAAAGUUAAUAUAAAGCAUUUACUAAGUUUGUGGGGAAUAUCGGCAACCCUCAGAUAUCAAAUGUGAACCUCUUAAUUUUAAACCUUUUCGCCACCGUUCUAUAAGGCAGAUAUUUUUGUACUGAUGAUCAAAUGGAGCCCUUUCAUUUUCCUUGUACACAGAAAACACAUUUUGCUAACACUGAAAGUUUUGUCUUUUAAGAGUGCACCGCCCGCUAAUCGAACCACUAUGUGUGUUCUUGUACUUACAGCUGAGCGAGAAUUUUUUUCCUAAUUUUACUAGUAAAGUUAGGACUUUAGCCCCAGCUCCACUGGGUCGUAAUAGAUCACGCACAGUCCAGCUCCACUCACUUUCAGGAGCAGUUUUUUCAGGGCCAGACCAGGUUUGUGCACCUCUGCUGAGCCGAUUCAAGGGCAGGUUUGAGUGAACACACCUCUUUUCAAUGAUUGGCUGCAGGAUGACGAGAAAUUAAAAGAUUUUUCCAAGAAGUUCAGAAAAAACUGAAGAGCAGCAACAUUACUAUUAAGGACUUUGUGUGGGUCAAUACAAUUUUAUUAUCUUCAAACCAUGAACCACUCCUAAAGGGGAAAAAAAAAGAAAAAGGACACCUCAGCUUUCUAUACCCAGAUGAACUGUAUCAGAUCUGUGGAUUUAUCGAGACUUUUUCUCUUUUCACACUGAAAACUGUUACAUUUUGACUCUCUAUCCAUCCACUUUUUGCGGUACAAGGCUGCGGCUCUCUACCUCUUGCUGCUGCCCGGCCAUCUUUGUGUACAAAGCACCCGGGGGUAGCAGCAAGGUGCUUUCACAGAGGUGGCCACUGAAAAGAGCUCAAACACGGUCAAGCCUCACCCUCCCUCUGCUGACAGAGCAGUCAGAUGCCUGGUAAUAAGCAUGCAGUCAAAGUGGUAAAAAAAUAUAUCUCUGCAUUUAAAAACCUUCUAAACUAUUAAACGUGUUCUCCUCCCUUAUGUCACGGCUGAGGCAAAAUAUCUAAUAUAAAGCUUUAAAUAUUAACUGUCUGUCUGAAAUCCCCCGAGCCAGGCAGUUGCUUCCUUUGGCUGCUCUGGCCUCUCCAGGCACCUCGAUCUCGGUCAGUCCUCUCAUGCCUUCACCGCUGGUCACAGCAAGGAAGUCUGUGUCUAAUCAAGCCGAUAAAAUGAAUUUUACUGCCGUUAAAAUCUUUUUUUAUUAACUCCUAGCUACGGCUGAGGUAAAAGAUCUAAAAUAAAGCUUUAAUUUACAACUAGAUGUGUCUGAAACCCAUGGGGCAAGGCAGCAUGCUGCUUCGUGAGCAUUGGCUGCUCCAAGGCAAGCUCGAACCGGGCAAGGUCUGAGCUCGCACCGCUGAGAGUGUGAGGAGAGUAAGUCAGAGAAUAAAUAAAUAAUUCCACUGUGGUUAAAAUCUUUUUUAUUAACGUGUCCUCGCCCCGCCAUAGCUGAAAAACAAGAUCUCAUAUCAAGGUGUAAAUAUUAAUAUUUAGUCACGGAAUACUCCGUGACUGAAAACAGCCGUAAGGAUGGUGUCUUCUUGCCUCCACUCACUGGACGGAAGUUGUACUGCAGUCUUCCUUACAACUUCCCCAUAUGUCAUUGGGGUGGUUUUCAUGAACAGCCCACUAGCAAAUGGAGACGUAUCAUAUUUCAAAGCCCCAGGCUUUGCUUUAGCCCAGGAAACCAAAGCCUGGAGCUUUAAAUCCUGGGGCUUGUAAUGGAAAAGGGGCUAUGGACACCAUUCACUAACUGCUCAGUCUACCUUCAACAGAGUGUUGUGUGGUUGAUUUUGAGCAGUCUCUUGGUUUGGGCCACAUGUACCUGAUGUACUUUCUGUUGAAACGAAGAGAAAAGCAUAGCUUUAGUUCCCCAGCACAGGUGGGAUUAGAGCCGACAUGAUUGUUAUCAUAUAGUGUUGUUUACCUCACAGCCUCAUCUUGUCUUUGUGUUUCAGUAUUCAGAUCAUGAACUAGAAGUUCUGUUUAACAUGACGCUUUCUUGUAUUCAUUCACAAAUAAUGUUUUUGUAGACUGUGUAAAACAUACAAUGUUUUUGUGCAUCGAAUGUUAUUGUGUCAAAGCAUUUAUAAGUGUGUGCUACCUGUAUCUUGUGAAGGUUUAUGGUUUUAUAAUUUUUGUUUUGUUUUUUUGGCAAUUGCAGCACUUUGUUAAUGAAAUGCCUUAUUUCUUCCAGUACUUUGUUAAAAUGCUUAAUACAAAUGUAUAAAUGAUAUAUUUACCUCUUUUAGAGAACAGUAAUAUGUAAAUACAAUAUAAAUGUUUUAUUUUUACAGCUUUGACAGUGUUUUUCCUAUAAAAGUAACUUUUGCUUUACUUGCACACAGAGUGUGUAUGCAGUUUUUAAAUGCAUACAUAUUAGUUUAAGUGAACUGUUUGUACGCUGGUAUAGGCGAGCCCAAGGCAAUAAACAUGAUUAAAUGGACAUUAUAACACCUAAAUAUAUUGUGGUGUGAUGGAUCAUAAAACCAAGACUUACCGUUAUGGAAAGAAAUGCACCAUGUCUUUUGAAUCAAUCAUUCAACAUAAACUAAGCCAAAAUGCAAAAGAAAAGUGGAAACGUUAAGCCCAGUCUUUGAUUCAAUAACUUCAAGUAAUCAUCGUUAUGUCUAUCAGUCUUUAUUAUUAUUAAAAAAGUUUUUUGACAGUGCUGCUGAAGAUGGGUACCAUUGUUUACACCAGACCGGAGGUCCAGACAGGGGGUUGAUGUGUCAACAGUGUUAUUUCAUUCUUUUUCCAUUCUGUUGUAGAUACAACCUGCUUGGGCUUUGUAGGAUAAAUGGCCCUAAAUUAUACUAGAGAAUACUUUGUUCAUGGUACAGAGCAGUUCAUGAAAAAUUUAAAUGAGCUCAAGGUGUCCAGAUCCUUUGGCUGCAAACCCGGCCCAAAUCAUCACCUCCAUGCUUAACAGUUUAUUUUUGGUGUUUAUGUUGUGCAUUUUAGCCAAAUCUCUCUAGUUCGGUGCACCUAAAGGACAUUGUUCCAAGUGAUUUGCCUGGAAUCCAAAUUUUCAAAUCAAAAUAUUUAGCAUUCUAACAGAGGCCUGUGUAAUUUGAUAUGAAGAUGUUAGUUACAACUGUUGUGACCUCCAGACGGAGCUUUUAGCCAAAGCUCUGGACUGUAUUUUCCCCUGUAGAACAUAGAAGUGCAAACAACCGUAUGUUACAUCCCCCAUUGAUGGCUAGUGACAGCUGUUGCUGAUGUCUUUCUAUCUUGGGAUUGUAUUAGCACACUCUUUUAUGGUCCAGAGCUGCCAAAAACUGUUUAUUGUUUUCUCUAUCUGAUGACAGAAUAACAAAUGAUAUGAUCAGCAGCACCUGGCUACUACUUCUCCUCAAUGUUGAUGGAAGCAGUAAAGGUGUACUUAGUUUGUUCACACAUGGCUUCUGCAUUUUGGAUUGGUUUUGGGUAAAUUAACUGGUGUUGUUUUUCAUCCAAGGUUGUAUUUCCUUAAUUUUAAGACUUGGUUUGGAACAGAUGAUUUAAGCAUACUCAAUUUAAGAAAGGUGUACUUACUUUGUUCAGCACCUUUUCAGAGAUUAUGACAACACCUUGGGGUUUGUCUUGUGAAUUUGGUCUAAAAGAUUUUAGAUGAAACCCAAUUAUUUAAGUAGAAUUUAUGUUUCUCUAAUCCAAGCGUUGAUAAUGAAAUUUAAAGAGAUAAUUAAAGAAAACCUUUGAGAGAAAUAAAAAGGCCCACUGAUUAUACAGUAGUGUCAAGGAGAUAAAACGCUGAAGUUAUUUUCAGUUGCAUUUGAGAAAAGAAUCCCCACCUCCCUGGUAGAGAGAGAAGGUAACCAGCAAGCGGCAAACAGUAGGCCAUUUGGUGUUAGACGUUUUCAUAAGCUCCAGCGGUACCAGUGAACUAUAUUGACUGUAUGUAAGAAACACUGCAAUACUGCAAAACAUUUUAGUAAUGGAACAAGCUGCUAAAACAUAUCUAAAGCUCCUUAAGGUGCUACAGACCUCGUUCUCUUAAAUGGAUUGUUUGUACGUGUAUCCAGCUUAGCUGAAAAGCGACUGUGUGUGCCUGAUUCUGUCAUAUAGCUAUACAACAUUUUGUCGUACUGUGACUCUUGCCUAUUUUCUCCAGACAUGCCAGGAGUUACAUGGCCCAACACAAGAUUGUAUACUACAAUUGUAAGAUGUGUAAGGAUACUGAGAUGAAAAAAAAACAGUCAGUGCUGAUCCUCACACAUUUUUACAUGUUGUUUAAAGUGAGUUAAAGGAGAUAAACUCCAUGAUGGUUUUACUGCUUAUGUUUUAGCAUUUUAAGCCACAUUGUCAAUAAGAAACUCAGAGCAAAAUCUCUAUAUUUUCCUACACAUUUUCCCCUAAACUGCUGUCAUAUUUUAUACAUAUAGGCAAAAUAAAUCAUGGAUUCUCACCAGCGCAUUUUAGCAUAAUGGACCAUUAUGCUGAAAGUUGUUAAAGUUACGCUGAAAUUAUACCAUUAAGCACAUGAGCGUGACAGUCAGUACGACACAGAACAGUACGACGCAAACGUUUGAGAGCAACGUAGAAAAGUCAAUAAAGCUCUUGAACAUGCAUUAGCACAGCUGUGGACCUCCCAAACAACGUGAGCUAGCGCUAGCUGUUAUUAGUCUGACAAACAUCCCCUUUCAAGCUCCACUACGCAAUGCUCCACUGCGGGAAUUCAUCUACAGAAGUAGCAAAACUACACACCAGCCCCACCUCCAAGACACACACGUGCGCCGCCAUCAGCCGUCCACCAUUACGCUAAAAUCCUGGUGAGGACCCUGAAAUCAGACAAAUAAGUAAAAAUACAUGUUUAUAGAUGGUGAAAAAUCAAUGCUGCAGCUUUUUCAUCUGUUUUUUCUUCAUCUUUUUAAACAUUGUCAUUAUCCAAAGAAAGAUUAUUUAUUGGUUGACAAAAUAACAGGACUUUCAUAUACACUGCUGCUAUGAGAGAGGAGAGUUGCAUUUGCCAACUCCAGUGUUUUUACUCAAUGUCAUGAAAAUUCAAUAAAGGAAAGAAAAACUA